CAUAGUACUUAGAACGUUUCCCAAAUCGAGACGCAAACUAAGCCAAUGGAAAAGCAAACCGUGCAACAAGAGGAAAUUGCUGAUCCCAUCGUGAUUUUCCGCUAUAGCGAUUCACCAGGACCAAUGCAGCCGAGCGAAUGCGCAGGCCAACGAAUAUCGGAUCUUCUCGAUUGGUCCCGGCUGCGGCGGGAAGCUUCGCUUGUUCCACUACCAUCCGAUCGUGAUCAAUCCCUGGAGGACAAAAAUGUUGAUUUAUCGUUGCAAUCAGCUGGAACGACCAGCGACGAGAGUGUAGCAGAUGAGAGGCGCUUGCAAAUUUCCUGGGAUGGUGAGCACAGCGAAGGAUCGUCGGAAUCGAACCGUUCCACAGUCGUUUCUCCAGCGUUUCGGAAACGCUCCCGAUCUGUUCCGUACACAAACAGGCGGAUGUUGAAAUCCUUGCCGGCAGAUAUGCUGUCCAAGGUAACCCGUAAGGCUUUGGUCUCCACAUCACUUGGGGAGAUGUCGCUGGUGUACCAUGGGAACAUGGCUCGUAAAUUUCCAGGUCUCGAGAACCGUACCCCGGAACAACAGAAGCAAAGACAGCGCAACACCGAAGCAGCACGCAUUAGUAGACGCAAGACGAAGCUCCUUGAACAGCUCGUGGAGAAAGAAACGCAAGAGGUUUCGUCCACAAACACGCGUAGCAAGCGCAUGGUGGCAGCACAAUUGGUUUAUGUUAACACUCUGACCGAUCUGCUUGAUCUGCCGCGUAUUAGACUGAAAGCGUUCGAUGGUCACGCAACUGAUGAUAUAAUUAUACAUGAAAAAUAA